AUGGCAUCGAAAAAACAGUCAAAGUCGGCUGCGUCUGCGAAAGCUGCUGCAGAGAAACCUAUUGAAAAAGCACCUGAGAGUCUCGUAGCAGCGAUUGUAACGUUUUUCGACACCCAUGGCUACACCGCUGCUAGCAAGGCUCUGAUCAAGGAGGAAAAGGAGCGCAACGGAAGGACGAUCGCAGCUAGCAAGAACACGUCACUGUCAUUAAUGAGCAUUUACGAGGCAUGGAAGUCAUCUACAUCAUCCGACAAAGAUGAUAGUGACAGUUCCUCCGAUUCGAGCGAUGACGGUUCUGAUGCGGAUUCCGAUUCUGACUCUAGUUCAGACUCUAGCGACUCUGAAUCUGACUCUGACUCUGAUGUGUCGAUGGACGAUGCUCCCAAGCUGCAGAAAAGUAGAAAGAGCUCUUCGUCUUCCUCCGAAUCAGACAGCGAUGCAGAUGACGAAUCUGGGCCGGAAACUUCACCGCCAAAGCCAACAGGCACGAAGCGCAAAGCCGACGACUCGGCUGAAGAUCAGCCAGUAACAGCGAAAAAGGCUAAGAAGAUCGAUGUUUCUGAAAGCUCAUCGGAGGAAUCCGAUUCAUCAGACGAGUCUUCUUCUUCCAGCGACAGUUCUUCCAGCGACACUUCCUCCAGCGAUAGUUCUUCGAGCGAUAGUUCGUCUAGUGACUCCGAGUCUGACUCUGGUUCUGAGUCUGACGAAUCCAAGACGGAGCGCAAAACAUUGAAAACGGCGGCGAAAACGCCACUUCCAGAAUCCGAUGACAGCAGUUCAUCUGAUUCUGAUUCCUCGUCAGAGUCUGAAGACGAGACAAAGGCGAAGGAUCCUGCCACCAACGACUCAAGCGAUUCAACAGAUACCCUCGCGUCUACCAGCACCAAAUCCGGUGAGAACAAAACCCAGAAAAAGAAAGCGGCAGAUGUCUCCUUCAACUCUGUUCCUCUUCCUCCGGAACCCAAGCCCAAGAAGAAGCAUACCGGAGCUCGUCCCACGCGGUUAGCGGCAGCGAGUGCUCUUCCUCAUGACCAUCACCCCAAGAACGACUAUGUGUCAUAUGCAUAUGCCGAGCGAGCCUACAAGGACCUCUCUGUGACUCGUGGAAAGGGCUUCACCAAGGAGAAGAACAAGAAGAAGCGUGGUUCCUACCGUGGCGGCCCGAUCGAUAUUGGUCCGUCCCAAUACAGCUUCAAAUUUGAAGAUUAA